GCAGGGUAAAACACCAUAAGAAAUAGCAAACCCAACCAACUGGUAAAGCAUCAAACUCUCAACCCCUUCUGGCAAACCAAACCAAAUGUAUAACCAAACACAGCCGUAUCCCACCGCCACCUCUGCUAACACCGCCACCGCCAGGCUGCUCUCCACGCCGUUCAUCUUCGCAGCUACUCUUUUUGUCUCCCUCCUGCUCAUCGUCUCCCUGCUCACUCUCCCCUCUAGGCCGCCGCUCAACCCCUCUCACCCACAGCUCUUCCCUAACCACCAUCCAACCCGCCACCGCGUUCUCAUUCCCGGAGACCAAUCUUCCCCUGCUCCUAGCCCCCCGUCCAUCGCCUACUACAUUUCCGGAUCCGCCGGCGACUCUGGUCGCGUCCUCCGCCUUCUCUAUGCCGUCUACCACCCCCGCAAUCACUAUCUCCUGCACCUCGACCGCUCCGCUCCCCAGGCCGACCGUGACAACUUGGCCGUUUCUAUCAACGCGGUGCCACUCUUCAGGACUGUCCGUAACGUUCAUGUCAUGGGCAACGCCGAUAUCGUGUACUCUAAAGGCUCCUCCUCCAUAUCUUCAAUGCUCCAUGGCGCAUCGAUUCUUCUCCGCCUUUUGAAAAGUUGGGAUUGGUUCAUCAAUCUAUCUAGUGCUGAUUACCCACUCGUUACUCAGGAUGAUCUUCUUCACAUUUUGUCAUACCUCCCCAAAGAUCUCAAUUUCAUCAAUCACACAAGCUAUAUUGGAUGGAGAGAAUCACAGAAGUUGAAACCAAUAAUAGUUGAUCCCGGUCUUUACCUUGUGGAGGAAAGUGAGAUAUUUUAUGCCACUCAGCAGAGGCCACUGCCAGAUGCUUUUCGGGUUUAUAUUGUUUCAAAUAUGAGAGUACUUCUGGAAACAACUGUUGAGUUGCUCUGUGGCUACAGGAUCUCCGUCAUCCAUCUUGAGCAGAAAGUUCAUUGAUUACUGCAUCUUAGGCACAGCAAACUUUCCAAGAACACUGUUAAUGUACUUGUCGAAUACACCAUCUUCACAUUCCAUCUACUUCCCCACCAUAUUGUGCAACUCAAGGCUAUUCAAUAGAACCAUCAUCAAUCACAACCUGCAGUAUGUUUCACUAAAUUCCAGAAAGGAGACCCGUCUGCUCAACUCCAGUGACUUCAUAAGCAUGAUAAGGAGUGGUGCAGCAUUUUCCUCACCAUUUCAGGCAAAUGAUCCAAUUCUUGACCAGAUUGAUGCUCAAGUUCUCCACCGUAGUUCUGCGAAACCAGUUCCAGGCGGGUGGUGUUUGGGAAACAGUGAAGCCGACAAGUGUGCUGUCUGGGGAGAUGCUGAUAUUCUAAGACCAGGUGUUGGAGCAAAACGGCUUCAAGAGCAUUUCAUCAGUCUUCUUGCCGAUGGAAAGUUUCAGUCUCAACAAUGCGUAGCAGAGUAACUAACACUUAAAAAUGAAAAGCUAGAGAGAUGGUGAGGAUGUAGAAAAGUUGGAGGAAGAUCUGAAAUGAACUGUCCACCAAUAAGACUUAUCCCCCCCCCCCCCCCCCCCUCCCGUUUUUCUACUGAUUGCAUUUUUUAUGAACUUAAAUAUGAGCAAAUGACAUACUGGUGUUGUAUACACAUUACAGUAUUACACAGUCUGGUCCAAAUGGCGGCUAUUUCUUUUCUGAUACUUGGCUACCCGGCAUUGCGUUUUUCUGGUCCUUUGGUGUGUUACACAUACACAAAAGACACCUUUUACCUCAACCUAUACAAGCUUUGUGGAUUACAUGCUCUUAUGUACAGUAUAUAAAAAAGAGGGUGAAUGUGACGUAUCUAAUAGAUUGAAUAGAAUUACUUCCC